AUGAACAAUAAUAUGUAAACGUUUAGCAGCUAAAUUUGAUAGCAUAUAGGUCUCUAUAGAAGUCUAAAUAGCUUAAGUUGGAAACUUGCUUUCAAAUGGACUAUUUCGGAAUAAUUCAACUGCUGAUUUGUGUUUAUAUCCAAGUACAUACAGUUAAUCGUUAGUGCAAUUGAUUUAUGACUUCAUUUUAAGAAUGGAAAUUUCAGGAAUAUUAUGUGUGAAAGAUAAGUGCAGUUUCAUUGAUUAAAACUAUGAACAGUGCUGUAACAUAGAUAUCUAUCCAAAGAAGGCAUAUAAUAAAAGGUACAAAGCGAUAGGACGAUUUUCUGACGUCCUGUAUCUCACUACAUGGUCUCGACGGAUGCUUGAUCACACAGGAAAUUGUUUGUGGUACAAAUGUGUUUUCUAACAGUAGAAACAGCCUUCCUUCGAAAUUAGGGCACUUACUUCAAUCGUAGACUAACAAUAAAGACGGCAGACCGACGCAGAGACCAAGUAUAUUAAACGAAGGAAAACGACGUCCAUAACGAUAUUAAAGAAUUUUCGCGUAGAAUAGAGCUUGAUCGAGCCGGUACCAGAGGAGUUCAAAAUAUUAAUAAAAGCCUCAAUUUCUAGCUGAAUUGAUAUUUAUUUUCACCAGUCUCUUAAGAUAUACCAAUUCCGCGGAUUUGAUUUUAAUUUGGAUCUUAACACAUACUUCGAGUUGAAAUAGUAUUCUAUCCAACAAACAAAGGAAAACAGACCCUGAUAUUGUGUUUGUGUUAUAACGAUUCAAGCGAGGUGUAAAUAAAAACCAAACAGAUAUCUGCGAUAUGCACUAAACGAUUCGAACUUUUGGGAGAUAAAACACCAAGUGCACAGGAAAUUUGAACAGAUGCGCGUGCGUUGUUCCAUUUUUUUCACCUCACUUAUCCAGGGGAAAGAAUACUCCCGACUGCUAAUUGUGCAAGCUUUUUAAAGUAAAAGAACAAUUUAUUGUAUUCAGCAUAAAAACCACUACCAUUACAAGGGAAUAAUUGCCCGGAUAUUUGCAGCAAUGGAAUAUACAGAGGAAUGAAGAACUUCCUUACCACAGAAACAAAUCGUUUAUUUAUUCUGAGGUAAUAAACCAUAGAAUAAUAGCUUAUGUAAAACCAAACAGCUGUUUUACACCAGCUGAUAGUACGAUCUGAAUUCACUCUAGCGUUUAAUGUAUGUGCGCGAUAGACAAAUUGCUUGUUUUACUUUACGACUUCAAGAAUUGGGAUGAGCAAAUUGACAUAUCGCUUUUUGAUAAGGUUGCUUCUAGAGAGAAAUCAUUUACAUGAGCGCUCUGCAGGAUACCACGUGGCUGCCGUACUCCGUAAACGCCUCAGGGAGUUGGCUCGUGCUUAGUGCCGGUGAGGAAGACACAGAUGUCAUCCCUAGAGGUUCCACGUAUAAUUUUUCGUUCUCAAAUCUGAGCUAUGAUCAUACAGCACAAAUGUUUGCAAAUACCACGGACACAGUGUAUGCGUCGACAAAACAUCCCAUCAUUGGCGUUGUUCUUGCCAUGUUUUCAUUCAUCACCGUGCUUGGAAAUAUUUUGGUGAUAGCAGCAGUGGUCAAGGAAUUAUAUUUACGGACAGUGACAAACUACAUGAUUGUUUCUUUAGCCUUAGCGGAUGUAAUGGUCGGUGGAAUUGUUAUGCCAUUCAGUAUUAGUUAUGAGCUUAACAAUCAGGUUUGGUAUUACGGAAUCGCCUGGUGUGAUCUCUGGCAUUCUUUCGACGUCUUAGGGAGCACGGCUUCCAUCUUGAAUUUGUGCAUAAUAUCUCUUGAUCGGUAUUGGGCGAUAACUGACCCAAUAGCGUAUCCAAAUCGGAUGACACCGUGCCGGGUGUCCAUUCUCAUUACAUUCGUAUGGCUUUGCUCGGCAGGAAUAUCCUUUCCCGCAAUUGCUUGGUGGAAAGCAGUAACACCUCCUGGAAUACCAAGUGAUCAGUGCGUGUUUACCGAAGAUAGUGCAUACUUGAUAUUCUCAUCUAUGGUGUCAUUUUAUUUUCCGACCAUAAUAAUGAUAUUUGUUUAUAUUCAAAUAUAUCGUGCGGCUAGAAACCAAAGAAAAAGUAUUGAAAGUGGGACCAAGGUGUUGACAUCAAAUCGGUUAUUUGGUACCAGCGGUGUGAUGACAUUACGAAUACACCGAGGCGGUAUGGCCAAGCUGCGGUCGCCAGCUAAAAGCCAUGAAACAACACCAUUCCGAAAGAAAAGCGAGAGUGAGGAGGAAGAAACAUCACUUGCGUCAAACGCACAAACGCCUGUCCACUCGGCGUCACAUAGUCUCACAAACCAUAACGAUCAUAAUGAACUUCACCAUCAUCACCACAACCAUAAUCAGGAUGAACAUAGCCAUAAUCAAAGACCCAUGAAAUUUAUUACUAAACGUUUGCGCCAACUUGCCCUGAGUAAGAAACUGUCAAAACUUGCCAAAGAACAAAAAGCUGCAAAGACAUUAGGGAUUGUUGUUGGUGUCUUUAUCAUUUGUUGGAUGCCAUUCUUUGUUGUGAACGUUUUGCUCGGGAUAUGUGGCGCUAGCUGCGUCAGUAAACUUGAUAUCAUUAUGCCAGUUUUUACGUGGUUUGGCUACAUAAACUCUGGCGUUAAUCCAAUCAUUUAUGCAUUAUCAAUGAGGGACUUUAGAAGAGCGUUUGGACGGAUCAUUUUUUGUUGUUGCCCAAAGUAUAGAUUCCAGAACAGGCGUCGAGGAAAGACGUGUCGAAACGCAAACUCCUCGAGCUUUAUGGGUUCAGCAUUAUUGUAGCAUUUGUUAUGAGAUUAUGUUUGUCUAGUUGUAUUUGAUUACUUUUAUUCAUCGGUGCAAGGAGACCCGACCAUUAAUAUUUGUAAUAAUUUGGCGUUUUUUGUUUAAAAGCGCAAUCUCCGCAAUAUGAAUCAAAUAGCAAUCAAAGUUUCUAUUUGAAUGUAGCUUAUUAAUCAUUUUCAUAUUUAAUUUACCAGCAUAUGGACUUGAUAAGAAGUGACUUGUUCUUAAUUUACUUAACACAAUUGCCUCAUAUGUAUUA